GAUGGAACUGCAGUGCAUCGAAAAGUGAUCCUUUAUAUUUGUAAAGAAUUUCACUUUCCAGGCUCAGCAGCAAAUGCUGUGCUUUAUCCUUCACAUGCCGUUGCUGUUGGUAUUUGCGCCAGUUUCGUAUCAGUAAUCGGUCAUGCCUGGCUCAGUCCCAAGCUGGAGAAAAGAUUCAAGUUGUUCGAUACUUGUGGCGUUCAUAAUCUUCACGGAAUUCCUGGAAUACUUGCUGGGAUCUUCAGCAUAAUCUUUGCGCUUGGCUACGAGCCAGAAAGCUAUGGAAAGACGCUCUAUCACAUCUAUCCCUACUUCGAAGGUGGUCCUAUGCAAGGAGAUCGAAAUCGAGAGACUCAGGCCUUAUACCAGUUGGCUGGUAUGGGUACAGCUCUUGCUAUGGCGGUAUUUGGUGGAUUAAUUACAGGGUUAAUCCUCCAAAUUCGGAUUCUCAAUCAAAUUGAUGAUCCUGAUACAGCUCAUCAUGACAUUAACUAUUAUGCUCAAUCAGAAUUCAACUUUCUCAGCAAGUACCAACGAGCUCGAGAGCAAGAAAUGAUGGAACGGGAACGACUCCAUGAGAUCUAUUAG